CAUACCUUGCACACAAUAUUCUCGCCCAGUUUUCUGCACCAGUUCCUACAUCUCAGCCCACCGAUUUUGUUAGGAUAUCCAGUCGUCAAUCGCAACGGGCUUCCGUUCCCUUCUGUGGCAUACAUUUUGAGCCUAUGUAUCUCGCCCUUUUGGCUUCUCUUUCCGAGCUGCGCGUCGUCAGAGCUCUUCUCUCUCAAGGCGAUUUGGCCCAACAAUCUAACACCGUUAAGAAUGUCGUGCUCAUGGAAGUCCGGGAUCGACCAGCAAAACACAUUGAUCUAUCUUUACUCGCCGUCGUUUCUCUUAUCCUGCCCUCUGCAAUGGUCCUUGUCAUUUACUACUAUGUUUCGUCUCGUUGCAACAAGAUCCGCCGAGCUCGAAAUCGUCAACAGAAAGAGACAUCAGCACCAACAAAAGAUACCCUUUCUGAUCCCGGUCCUGGGUUUGGAUUCGACGGUCUGUCCAAAUCGGAAUUGGAGGAGCUCAGGUUGAAAGAAGAAGCGGAAUCGACGUCCAUGUUGGUCAAAAUACCCAACAAUCCGCCGGAGCUCUCCCUUACUCAUUUUCAGUCUUUGCCGUCGCUCACCCUACGGUUCAAUAAUAAAAAGGAGGUGGAGGUGGAAAUGUGAUUUUUCCUCUUGUGGUGUAUAGAGUGUCCAAAGUUAGGGUCAGUAGGGUAUUAUUUGUGUUAAAUGGAUACCGCCCGUGCAUAUAACUAGGUACUACAGACUACAGAGAUGAUGUGAACCGCCGCCUCAGAUGGCAUAACC